CCCUCCUCCGCCCUAGGCCAGCUUCCUUGUGCGCGCAGGAUUGGUCACAUUAACCCGACCUUCGGCGGCGGGGACCGCGCAGCUUCCGAGGCCCGGAGCGAGCGGGCGAGCGGCGACCUCCGGAGUAUUGGAGAUUGAACCCAGAGCCUUGCAUGUGCUAGGCAAGCAACUGGACACUGAGCUACAGUAUCUCACAGAUAUACCCAGCGCUUUGUCUCCUAGGAAGAAAUGUUGAGACACAAAUAGAGCUCUCUCUUCUGCCUUGGAUGGUUGCCAUGGGUGUUGCAAAGUCUAAACUAGACGCCUGCCCUCUGUCUCUCUCUUGGCGGAAAAGCCACAGUGUGGACGCAAGUCGAGACCCCAGGGAAUCAGAGUCCACGAAGUCAGGAGGAGUCUCCCUGUGUGGUUCUGCGAUGCACAGCCGUGCACCUGAGGAGCCAGCCUGCAGCCAGGAGGGGGCUGAGGCACCGGGGGAGGUGUCCGAAGAGGCCACUGAAGAAGAGGUGUUCCUCAAAUUUGUGAUACUGCAUGCAGAAGACGACACAGACGAAGCCCUCAGAGUCCAGAAUCUACUGCAGAACGACUUUGGCAUUAGGCCUGGCAUAAUCUUUGCCGAGAUGCCAUGUGGCAGACAGCACUUACAGAACCUGGAUGAUGCCGUGAACGGGUCUGCGUGGACGAUCUUGUUAUUGACCGAAAACUUCUUAAGAGAUACGUGGUGCAAUUUCCAGUUCUACACGUCCCUCAUGAACUCUGUGAACAGGCAGCACAAGUACAACUCGGUCAUACCCAUGCGGCCCCUGAACAGGCCCCUGCCUCGGGAGAGGACUCCCUUGGCUCUGCAAACCAUCAAUGCCUUAGAGGAAGACAGUCGUGGCUUUUCGACACAAGUAGAGAGGAUUUUCCAGAAGUCUGUGUAUGAGACACAACAGACCAUAUGGAAAGGGACAAGGAAUAUGGAGCAAAAACAAUUUGUUGCCUGAAAUGAAGCAUACAUACACUCCUCUCUCUCUCUCUCUCUCUCUCUCUCUCUUUUC